AUGCCUGUUAAUCACGAUCCGGCUUCAGACGAGCUUGCAGCUCAUCCAUCAAGAUUGCCAACUCAUCCAAAAGAAGUAGUAGAAGAGAAGAAAGCAGCACCACAAGAAAUAUUUUCACCACCGGUUUUACAUCCGUUAGAUCCACUCACAGCAAAUGAGAUUAAUCUUGCAACAAAAAUACUCAAGAAAUCACCCUACUUCCAAAAGUAUUUGCGUAUAAUUACAGUUAUACUGUUAGAACCAAGUGAUAAAAAUGUUGUUCUAAAUAUACAACCAGAUGACGAGAUUCCUCGGCAAGUGACUAUGUUCAUUCGUGAUCCUGUGAAACAUACGACUUUAGAAAUAAUUAUCGAUCUAACGAAAGAGACAAUCAAAAAUACACUUGAACUUACCGAUGUUCAGCCAAGUUUAACAUUUGAUGAAAUGAUUGUAGCUGAUACUGUACUACGGAAUGAUAAAAAUUUUCUUGCUGCUAUUGCAAAACGAAAUUUAGAAAUUAAUAAUAUUGUAUUUUAUCCAUUUGCUGCCGGUUAUCGUGAUUUAUCAGAUGAGCCAAGUAAACGACGAAUAUUUAGACCAUUAGUAGCAGUUAGCCAUGGGAAAGAAGAUAAUUAUUAUGCGCAUCCAGUUGAAGUGAUGGAUUUAGAUGAUAUGAUCGUUGAAGUUGAAGAUUAUUAUGUAGUACCAGUGCCGACACAUACAGCAAAUUUUAAUCCGGAAAACAUUACAUCAUCAAACAAUGUACCAUACUUUCCUAAUGGUCUACGGAACGAUUUGAAACCCCUUGUUAUAACUCAGCCGGAGGGACCAAGCUUUAAGGUAGAUGGUUAUCAAGUAACAUGGCAAAAAUGGCGAUUCAGAAUAGGAUUUAACGUUCGAGAAAGUCUUGUUCUUCAUUGCAUCGAAUAUUUUGAUAAAGACAAAUGGCGAUCGAUUAUUUAUCGAGCAGCCAUGUGUGAAAUGUAUGUUCCUUAUGGCGAUGCAAGUCCUACACAUUCUUUUAAAAAUGUUUUUGAUGUGGGCGAAGCCGGUUUGGGAUUACUGGUUAAUAGUCUAGUACUUGGAUGUGAUUGUCUUGGUGAAAUACAUUAUUUUGAUGUUAUUGUGAAUAAUAACCAAGGACAACCUCUUCUAUUAAAAAACGCCAUUUGUAUGCAUGAAGAAGAUGGUGGUCUACUUUGGAAGCAUACAGAAUUUGUUGAAGGACGAACACAAGUGCGACGAUCACGACGUUUAGUAAUCAGCACAGUUGCAACAGUUGGUAAUUAUGAGUAUGCCAUGUAUUGGUACCUAAAUCAAGAUGGAUCACUUAACUAUGAGGUUAAACUCACGGGGAUUAUUGCUCCAGGAGCAAUUGGGUCAGGAAAAACGCCUGUAUCUGGUGGUUUAGUGGCUCCUGGUACUUACGGUCCAUAUCAUCAGCAUUUCUUCAAUGUUCGAAUUGACUGGAUGUUAGAUGGUUUGAAAAAUUCUCUUGUCGAAGUUAAUUGUGAACCUUUACCUCCAGGAAAAGACAAUCUAAUUGGUAAUGCAUGGACGGCCAAAGAAACUAUUUUGUCAACAGUUGGUCAGGCACGACGAACAAUUGAAUCGAAAACAUCAAGAUUCUGGAAAAUUGUCAACUCAGCAGUUUUAAAUCAAGUCGAACAACCGGUUGCCUAUAAACUUGCUCCAAUGGGAAACGUUUUUCCGUUAUGUUUAGAAAAUUCACAUCAAUACAAACGUGGUGCCUUCACAAGGUACCAUUUAUGGGGUACUGUAUAUGAUCCAAAUGAAAUGUAUGCGGCAGGUCUUUAUCCAAAUCAAAAAUGUGAAGACACUGGACUGUCAAAGUACAGUGAAGCAAAUAAAGACAAAUCACUUAUUGACAGUGAUCUCGUGACAUGGUAUACAUUUGGAUGUACACAUGUUAUUCGUCCAGAAGAUUGGCCAGUGAUGCCUGUUGAAACUACUGGUUUUCGCCUAUUGCCACACGGUUUCUUUGACGGUAAUCCAGCUUUAGAUGUUCCAUUACCACCGAAUCAUUCUCGUAAAAAGAACUGUGAAGAAUGUAAUUCCAAUGGCAAAUCAUAA